GCUGGGCUGAUCUCUCACUUCCUGGUUACUGCAGCUCUGGGUUUCAUAUACAGAUUUGGAAUGAAAGCAGUUUCCCGUAACUGGGUUGCAUCGGUACAUAUAGCGCUUAGUCUUAUAGGGCUUCCGUACGCUGCUGGCACAAGUGGAGUCUGCAGGAAGAACGCCAUUAGUCCCAUUAUUCCCAGCCUCUGUUCAUCAACAUCUGUCUGCAUGUCUCCUGCCACGCAUAUUAAGGCUCGUUGUCCAGUAUAUCCCGGCUCGGACACACGCCGAUUCCCUGUCCCAGAUGACAAAGUAGACUGGGACACAGACUGGCCCCAAUACAGCCCUGUUAACUAUACCGCCCCCACUGUGCUGAAAAAGCCUGUUUGGGCUGAUCCAGAGAUUGGUGCAUUUUCACCACAGUUCAAUGCUUUGGAUGGAUCUGUGGACAGGAAAAGCCACGAGGGCCCGUAUCGUAUCCAGAACGGCAAACCGCUAAAUCUGCAUGGAAGAACUGGGCUAGAGGGCCGAGGAUUAUUGGGAAGAUGGGGUCCAAACCACGCUGCUGAUCCGAUAGUUACCAGGUGGAAAAGGGAUUCUACAGGACAGCGUGUCCACCACACUAAAUCUCAACUACCUGUGCUGCAAUUUGUGUCCAUCAAGAGGUUGGACUGUGGCGAAUGGGCCAUCCCAGGGGGAAUGGUGGACCCUGGAGAGCGCAUUUCUCAAACGCUGCAGCGCGAGUUCUCAGAAGAGGCGUUGAACUCUCUGAAAGCAUCUCCAAGUGAGAGGGAAGAGAUCCAAAAGCGAAUCUCUGAGCUUUUCAACUCAGCAGGUCUUCAGAUGUAUAAAGGUUAUGUAGAUGAUCCAAGAAACACAGAUAAUGCUUGGAUGGAGACAGUUGCAGUCAAUUUCCAUGAUGAAUCAGGUAAUAGUGUGAGUGAGCUUCCAUUGCAAGCAGGUGACGAUGCAGGUCAAGUGAGCUGGAUUGACAUUGACUCCUCCCUGGCUCUUUAUGCUAAUCACUUGCAUUUCCUAGAGACAGUUGCUAAGGAAAGAAAAGCACACUGGUAACAGAAAAUAAUGUGAAGUGCCUUUCUGCUUUCACAUAAAUGAAGGAAGUCUUUUUAUGUGUCCAAUUUGAAUGACGCAUAUAAAGAUUUGUAGCUAGCACAUAAUUCAGAUGGAAACUAGGAAAAUCAAUUCUGGUGCUUGCACAUAUUAAUAUGAAGUGUGUACCGUUUGCCAAAGCACUGCCAACAACUGCAUUCCAAUAAACUAAAAGUUAACCUCAAUUAUUACACUUUGUAAAAAUCCAGUAAAGCAUGGUUACUCAAAAUGGAGGCAUACGGAUUAUUUAAACUUUUCGAAAUGAACACUAAUGCUUGAUUAAGAAUUUGGUUAACUUGUGUAUGAAUCUUACUGUAAUAACCAAAAGAAGAAAAAAACAUCUUAUACACCUAUUCUCUGUGUGUGUUUUACCUUUUAGUCUGUUGUGCUAUUUUUAUUUAUAUAAAAAAAAAUGAAAAUUAUUUGGGGGGGAAAGUACUUGAUACUUUGAUACCAUUGUGGUUUGAUGUCUUUUAUUUUGACAUACUCAAAAGCAACUAGAGCAAAAAUAUAAAAAAAAAUGUCAGUAUGUUUAGUAGGGUGGGAAUCUUCAGGCACUUUACGAUCCGAUCCGAUUCAGAGAGUCACGAUCUGAUUCCAAAACAAUUCUUGAUCUAUGUUUUCCCCCAAUUAAUUCUUCUGCUGUGCAAAUACAUCUUUACAACCUUACAUUUUAACCAAAAUUGCCAUUUCUUUGCUCUUUGUUUAUAGUUGGAAUCUCUGUAUGUCAGUACUGCCAUCUUAAAAGUAGGGGUGUGAAUCUUCACUGGUUUCAUGAUUCAGUUUAAUUACAAUUUUCAUAAUCAACUCAAUAUCACUAUGCGUCACAUGGCUACAUUUUCAUAUAAAUUUUAUAUCAAAUUUAUUUUGUGCAAAACUUACUUUUUAUUAUAAAAUAAGCAGGCUACUUUUUAAAACAGUCACUUAUUUAAAAUAAGUGUUCUUUAAGUAUCCAAAAAAUGUAUAGACAAUAGUAAAUAAUGUUUUUUCUUUUUUCCUCAGCAUUAUUGCCGUUCGAUUACUGAUGAGAUCAUAGACAGUCGCAGCUUUAACAGACUGUAUUCACACUAAUGCACAGAUCUAUACGUGCCAUCAGAGUCGUUGAAGAGAGAAAUGCGAUCCAUCGGAAAAUCGAUUUUUUUUCUCCCACCCCUAAUGUUUAGUAUGCUUGGUCUGAACAUCAUGGACACUGUGAAUUUUCUGAAAGCCUGUUUCUUUUAAACUCAAUGAAAUCUCGAGGUUCCGUUAAUAAAUUCUUAAUUAAAAAAUGGAAAUUAUAGUGAAACACUUGAAUCAAAUAAGUACUUGCAUUGGUGUUGCUACAGAUUUGAUCAUGUCACCAUUAAAGCUAAAGGGUGACACACAGGGAAAAAAAUUUCUUGUUGAUUUCAACCUUGCAAAAAUUGCCAAGUAUGUGCUCUCACAUUCGGGGACAGAGCUGUUGAUGAGAUAGAAAGUUCUGUCUCCAAGAUUUUCAUCAUGUCUUCAGUUUUGGUGACAAAAAUGGUUCUUCUAUGGCAUCCAUGUGAAGAACCUUUUAAAGCACCUUUAUUUUUAAG